AUGAGUUCCCUACUGACGGAUCGAAUUAUAGAAGAAUGUCUAGAACAAGAAGAUAGUGAAGAAGAAAAUGUGGCAGAAAUAGAAGAUUUUGAGGAGCAUAGUGAUCAUGAAAGCGGAACAGAGCAAGAAGCAAGUGAUUCAGAUGGGUCUUCAGUGUCGGAAGAGAGUUUUCCUUCGAAUUUACAAAUUGAGAAUACUGAAGAUGAAGAAUAUUUAGAGGAUGUACCGCUUAACUUUUGCAUCAACCCUACUAAAAUGGUCGCUAUUGAACCAAUCGGCUGCUACAUACAAAAAGUUACAAAUACCAAGUACCGUGGGUCCAGCUCCAGUCCCGCGACGCCGGAGUACUCGUCCAUUACCAACGGCAGCUUUACGGCCCGUAAAACUUGA